ACAUUGACCCAGUUCUUCCUCUUUUUCAUAUCAAUUGCCUUUUAUCACUUUACCUAGUGACUUUUUUCAGUGAUCUUUAGCAUCUAAAAAUUAUUUUUCAAAGUUAAUUUAAAUUGUAAUAUAUCUGACAUAGUUUAUAAGUUAAAAAAUUGUUGAACUAAAGUAAAAGGAUCGUAAGUGUUGUUAAACAGUGAUGAAGUGGGAAAAGAUGGAUUAAUAGACUUGAAAGAAGUCCUCAGCCGCUUGUACAGUUCUUUGUCCCAGGAGGCAACAUUUUGUUCGCGAUCAUAGUUGUUGGAGAGAGCAAGUGAAAAUUUUGCUCCAACGUGCCCAGGUGGAACCAUAGGCUUAUAUUAAUCACAACUUAUGCUAUUCUAGCUUCAGCACACCUUUCUUGCUGGGAAAAAAGUGCUUUGGAAAACUCUCACCCGGCUGUUGAAGGUGAAGAGUGUGAUAGAAAAACCACACUCUUGUACCAACAACCGGAUAUCAUCCUCAGGAUUUAACACCACGAAAAAAAUCAAAUUAAAUGAACAAUUAAUUGGUGUGGAAGCAGCAAUUGAGAACUGAGAGACGUUAUAGGAGACUUUCUCAAGUAUACAACGUGAUAUGGAUACAAGACAUUAAGGUGCAAAAAUGAGUGCAAUGAAUUCUGAAGAGUUGUACAGUCUCAGGUGGAACAACCACCAUAGUCACAUGGUGCACGCGUUCAAUGCCCUUCUGCAGACGAAAACCCUCGUGGAUGUAACCCUUGUAUGUGCUGAAACGAGUAUCCGGGCUCACAAAGUGGUCCUAUCAGCGUGCUCACCAUUCUUCCAACGAGUUUUUGCUGAUACUCCGUGCAAGCAUCCUGUUAUCGUGCUGAAAGACUUCAAUGGAUGGAUUGUUCAGGCUAUCAUUGACUUCAUGUACCGUGGGGAGAUCAGGGUGUCCAAGACUCAUGUGCAGACGUUGAUUCAAGCGGGAGAGAGUCUGCAGAUUCGAGGUUUGGCGGAUUUUAGUGUUCAAGACAGCUUUCCAAUUCUUUUUGCCACAACACCUGAAGAUUUAGACAUGGCCACAGAUACCUCCACAAUACUCUCUCCUGCCAGUCCAGAGUCCGUGUCCAGUCGUAACACGGCGCAAUUAGACAAGCUUCUCGUUUCACCGCACAGCUUCAUGGAUACAGUGGAUAAUCUGCCAAAUUCCGAUGGAUAUUCAACGAAUUUGCCCAGACGAAAGCAGGCACGGCCUAGGAGGAGGUCUGGCGAUGAAUGCAAUCCUCAAGAUCUCAGUCAGAAAAUGUUGGCAAUUGACCCCCUGCAGCAAAGGCUUAGUGUAGAAAAGGCAGAUGGAGAAGCCACAACAGAAAAUCACCAAACAGGGCCCCAAACUCCUUCUCAUGUGACUAAUUCCAACAUUGGUUCUCCCGAAAGAUCUGACGCUCCUGAAAAUCUCUGCACCAGAUCCACAACCCCUCCAUCGUCAAAUGAAGAACGCAAUGAAGAAGAUCCAAAACGUGACGCACAAGGAAAUUUAAACAACAACGGAAUAUUAUUUAGUCUGAAGGAUUUGAACUCUUGGAGUCAGUCUCCGUUCGCCAAAUGCUGUCAGAUGCUACCAAAUCAUCUACCAGCUCAUGGACUCAUGAUACAGACUCCAGAAUCACCGCCAGGGCCACAGGAUUCAUCAGAACCAGAGGAGGGAGGCACAGAAAAGGCAGAUGAGAGUCCAACGGGUGAGAGCAAUGGUGAGAGAAUGGCAUCCAGGACACCAACAGGAGGUGCGUCAUCGGCUGUGAAAUACGAAGAACAAAAUGGUACGAAUCUCCUUCCGGCAGCUUUACCUUUCCCACGGCUUUCGUCAGUGUCAUCGCUCUCCUUCAGUCCACCCCACAUUUUUGGAAUGGAGGCCCCUCCACUGGGACUGUUCCAGCAUGCGGCCGAAUCAUCAAGACUUUAUGGGUCAACAAUGCCAGUCGAUCAACGCAAUCUCCACAGCAAUCCACCGAAAUUUCUCAAGAAAAAAUUAGCUCGACCCAAAGGUCAACAUUCAGCACCUCGAGGUGGCCCUCCGAGAUCAUGGACCAAUGCUGAACUCACAGAGGCACUGCAGCACGUGUGGAACAAGAAGAUGACAACAAGCCAGGCAUCUAGGAUCUUUGGUAUACCAUACAACUCGCUCCUGAUGUACGUUCGUGGUAAGUACGGUAAGAGUUUGAAGUUGGAGAAGCUUCGAAAGGACUGCAUUAGUGGGCCACCUAUUGAGUUGCUAACAAUGGGAAUCUGUGGGAACAACAAUAACAGCUCCAAGAAAGCCAAUCAAAAUGCCAAUAGUCAAUCUGAGAGGGGUGAAUCAAAUGCCGGUGGUACAAAAGAUGCCGGCGGGGGAUCAUCCAAUGGUACUCUGCUCAAAAUACCUCCACCGCCGAGAAGUUCUUCACCUCUGCCAACGGAUCCUGAACUGGCGGCAGCGGCUGCUGCUGCCGCAGCUGCCUCACAUCCCAAUCUUAUGUUUGGCUCCUUCUCUCCGGGGUUCUAUCCUGACUUUUCUGCUUUUACCGGUCUACCGCUUACAAUGCUCAAUUUGCUCCCACCUCCACCACCACCGCCGCCGCCCACAGACGACACUGCUGCCAAGACACCACCACCAGCCCAAUCUUUCAAUCAUCACGAGUCCAAGGAGCUCUUGGAGAGGCAUUGACAGGAGCAGCAACACCUCAUGACCUUACCAGAAAAUGCCAUAAAAAUGCUGUAACUGAUACAGCCGCUUCGGCUGAUCCCUCAUCAUCCGUGGCAAGUGUUUCAAGAUUGGCUUCACUUACAAAAUUAAUAUUUGUUUUAUAAAGAUUUUCAAUUUAAA